CCUGCUUGCAUGUCGUUCCUCUGGUCAUCUGUGGUGCUCUCGGGAACGUUCGAAGGCAGCGGAGCGCUUUGCCCCUGCUACGAACAGUCCGAGUUCUGGCGUUUCACGCCGGUAAAUAUUGUUUUAUUUUCGGCCAAAUAAUACACAAAGAUGGCGGGUGUCUCGUACCACAUCGCCAAUCUGCUGGAAAAAAUGACGUCCAGUGACAAGGACUACCGCUUCAUGGCCACAAAUGAUUUGAUGCAAGAACUGCAAAAAGACUCUAUCAAACUUGAUGAUGACAGUGAAAGGAAGGUAGUGAAGAUGCUCCUGAAACUUUUGGAAGAUAAGAAUGGAGAAGUACAAAAUCUUGCUGUGAAAUGCCUUGGCCCACUGGUGAACAAGGUGAAGGAGUACCAAGUAGAGACCAUAGUCGACAGCCUCUGUAACAACAUGAUGUCUGAAAAGGAGCAGCUGCGCGACAUUUCUAGCAUAGGUCUGAAGACAGUCAUAGGGGAGCUGCCAGCUUGCAGUGGGGGCACCCUGGUGGCGUCUGUGUGCAAGAAGAUGACUGGGAGGCUUGGCCGGGCCAUUGGGCGUCAGGAGGACGUUGCUGUGCAGCUAGAGGCCCUGGACAUUCUGGGGGAUCUGCUGAGCCGCUUUGGCGCUCUGCUUUUGCCCAGCCAACCAGCCAUCCAAGAGGCCCUGCUGCCCCAGUUGGCCUCACCACGGCUGGCUGUGCGGAAACGCUCCAUUACUGCUAUUGGGUAUCUGGUGAUGAGCUGCAGUCAAGGCCUUUUCAAUAAGUUGAUGGACACACUGCUAGAAGAAUUGGCAAAAAAUUCUUCAACAUCUACCACGAGGACUUACAUCCAAUGCAUAGGAACUAUAAGUCGGCAGGCAGGACACCGCAUGGGUGACCACUUGGAGCGCCUGAUGCCCCUGAUGGUGGAGUACUGCCGAGUGGAAGACGACGAACUGCGGGAACACUGCCUGCAGGGCUUUGAGAGCUUGCUUCGUCGCUGCCCCAAGGAACUGGCGCCCCAUGUGCCCACAAUAAUGAAGAUUUGCCUGGAGUAUAUCUGCUAUGACCCCAACUACAACUAUGAUGAUGAAGAUGAUGAGAAUUCUAUGGACAUGGACAGAGAUUCUGGCGGGGAGAGUGAAGAUGAAUACAGUGAUGAUGAUGACAUGAGCUGGAAAGUACGUCGGGCUGCAGCGAAAUGCCUGGAGGCAGUCAUUGCCACCAGGCAUGAAAUGCUGUCAGAAUUCUACCGUGUAGUUUCACCUGCACUGAUUGCCCGCUUCAAAGAACGUGAAGAAAAUGUGAAGGUAGACAUCCUGCAGGCAUACAUUGCACUGUUGCGGCAGACUCGGCCACUCGUCACUCCGUGUGUUGGCGGUCCCCUCAGUGGUGACGACCCACGCACCCUGGUUGCGGCCCAAGUGGGACCACUGGUGAGAGGCCUUCAGAGGCCCCUGCGCGAGCGUGCCCUGAAGACCCGCCAGGGUUGCUUGGCACUACUGACAGAGCUGCUGCUGCUGCUGCCCGGUGCUCUGGCCGACUAUCUUCCAGCGCUGCUGCCUGGAUUGCACUUCUCGCUGAGUGACCGAGCAUCCAGUUCCAACAUGAAGAUUGACACUCUUGCCUUCCUGGGGUGCUUGCUUACGCACCACAGUCCCCAGGUGUUCCACCCACAUGUUGACACACUGCUGCCUCCUAUCAUCUUAGCUGUUGGGGACAGCUUUUAUAAGAUUACAUCGGAAGCUUUGCUGGUUCUUCAGCAACUGGUGAAAGUCAUCAGACCAUUGGAUCAGGAAAGCUCGUUCAGGUUCGAGCCUUACGUGAAGGACAUCUUUGAGUGCACCUUGACGAAGCUAAAGGCAGCCGACAUUGACCAAGAGGUCAAGGAAAGGGCCAUCACUUGCAUGGGCCACAUUCUUUGCCACUUGGGUGAUUGCCUCCAGGCUGAGUUAGCGGUCUGCCUGCCCAUUUUCCUGGAUCGGCUUCGAAACGAGAUCACACGACUGACUACAGUUAAAGCACUGACAAAGGUGGCUGGAUCGCCCCUGCGCAUAGACCUCAGUCCAGUACUGUGUGAGUGUGUUCUUGCCUUGGCAACCUUUCUCCGCAAGAACCAGCGGGCCCUGAAACUGGCGUCGUUGACCCUGCUGGAUACGCUUGUGCGGAACUACAGUACCUAUCUCUCUCAGGAUAUGGUAGCUACUGUUAUGCAAGAGCUUCCAGCACUGAUCAACGAAACAGACCUCCACAUCUCGCAGUUGACGCUGAACUUGCUGACGUCCAUCUCUAAGGUGCACCAGCAGUCUCUGUCUUUGGUGCCCUGUGCCAUUUUGCCUGAGAUUUUGGUCUUGGUGCGAUCGCCUCUGCUGCAGGGUGGUGCAUUAAAUGCCAUGCUGGAGUUCCUCCGGGCACUUGUUUCCCUGAGCCUGCCGGGUCUAGGCUUCAAGGAGCUGCUGCAUGAGGUGAGCGGUCCCGUGUACCAGUCUGGAGGUGCUGGCGCCGUGGCCACCAUCCACCGGCAGGCCUACCACUCCAUGGCCAAGGCUGUCGCCGCACUGACCCUGCAGUGCCCACAAGAGGCGAUACCUGUAGUGCAGAAGUUUCUGCAUGACAUUCAGGCUAAUCGCAGUGUGGACUCUAUUCAGCUUUUUGCCCUGCUCGCCAUUGGAGAAAUUGGCCGGCAUAUAGACUUGAGCACCGUUGCAGAUCUCAAUCCUGUGCUCCUCGAGGCAUUUUCAUCACAGAGUGAAGAAGUGAAGACGGCAGCAUCUUUUGCCUUAGGUAGCGUGAGUGUUGGCAAUCUGACUGAGUACCUGCCUUUUGUGCUGAAGGAAAUUGGAGAGCAGCCCAGGAGGCAGUACCUUCUGCUGCACUCGCUCAAGGAGAUUAUAAGCUGCUUGUCAUCGAGCCCCGAGAGCAUUCAGGCCCUUGACCCAUUCAUUGAGUCGAUCUGGUCUCUUCUGGUGCAGCACUGGGAGUGCCCAGAAGAAGGGGCACGCAAUGUGGUGGCUGAAUGCCUGGGCCGCUUGGCCCUGGUGCGCCCCGCACUGCUGGUGCCACGGCUGGAGGCUUGCCUGGACAGCCCGUCUCCACUGGCUCGUGCCACAGUGGUCGCUGCUGCCAAGUGGGCACUCGCCGAACGCUCGCCCAGCGCCACACAUGCUGGCUCUGCUGGGGCACCUUCAGAGGCGUCAGCAGUGCUGCGGCCAAGGCUGGCACGCUUCCUGGGUGCCUUGGGAGACCCAGAUCUUGGAGUGCGGAGGGUGGCAUUGCUGGCUCUGAACUCUGCUGCUCACAACCGGCCCCAAAUGGUUCGUGACCUGCUUGAUUCGCUUCUUCCACAGCUGUACCAAGAGACCAAAGUGCGGAACGAACUUAUUCGCGAGGUUGAGAUGGGGCCAUUCAAGCACACUGUCGAUGAUGGACUGGACAUUCGCAAGGCAGCAUACGAAUGCAUGUACACGUUGCUGGACACAUGUCUGGAGCAGUUGGAUGUCUUCGAGUUCCUGAACCACGUAGAGGAAGGUCUGAAGGAUCACUACGACAUCAAGAUGCUUACUUACCUGAUGCUGGUGCGCCUGUCCACCCUUUGCCCUGCUGCCAUUCUACAAAGGCUGGAACGCCUGGUGGAACCACUUAAAACCACCUGUGGAAGCAAGAUAAAAGCUAACUCAGUUAAGCAGGAAUUUGAAAAGCAAGAUGAGCUGAAGCGUGCGGCCAUGCGAGCAUUCACUGCUCUGCUAGCUAUUCCAGAUGCAGACAAAAACCCACUGCUGAAUGAGUUCCUUUCCCACAUCAAGUCUACACCAGAUCUGCAGGCACUAUAUGAAAGCAUACAGAAGGACACCAGUGCAAAUGUCACGGACUCUGCAAAUGUGAUGGACAUCAGCUGAAAAGCCCAAGUGGCAUCCGGGACUGCUGGUGCAGCGCACUCAUGCCACCGACCUUGUUCUUAGUGCGCACGCCUGAGCUGUGCACUCUGGAUGAAUAAGGCAGCUGGCAUGCGGGCGGGUGUGUACCAGGUGUCAUGGCUUUGUGUUGCCAAAAGUAUAGUGGAGAAGGCAAGGGAGCCAAGUUGUUGCCUUGUUGACUGUUGUGAAGACUGAAGAAAAAGUGCGCCCCCCCCCCCUGCCAAUUUACACAUGACCCUGGACAGCCUCUGUUUACACUUUUUUUUUUAAUACAUGCGUAAUAGGGCUGCUGGUGUGAAUCAUACCAUUUGUCUCAUCCUGAA